AUGGCAGGCGAUACAGGAAACAACCGCGAGCCAACUCAGCCCUCUGCAUCCGGGGGUGAGGCCUCGGGCUCUGGGACAGCACCGCCAAUGAGAUCAGCUGCAUCGGCACGAAGGACAUAUGGUACGCUUGAUACACCUUCCCUCGAGGCGACCAAUCCCGAAACGCGUGACGAUGAAGAAGAAUCUUCAAGUCGUGCGUUCACAACUCAAUCCUCCGCAUCUCCCGAUAAGCCCCGCAAACCUUCACUGUCGCGUCGUAUGACUUCCAAACGGCAAAUUUCCCAAUUCUCGACCGAUGACGACGUCAAUGAGGUCAAACAGUUCAUGACUAUGAAGCAAACAGGCAACACAUCGCCUAGGAUUCGUCCGUUGAGAAGACAAAGCUCGACACUCAGACGACGCCCCAGUGUUCGACCCAGCCCCUUGGCGAGGGCUGACUCGGAGAGCUACAACCCAGAAGGGGCAAGCUUGCUGGGCCCGGGAAUCGACUUUGAGAACGAUGGUCCAGCCACGGGGCGCCGCGAAGACAGUGAUGUGGACAGUGACGAGGAUGAAAACUUGGAUGACUCUGAUGAUGAUGACGCGGCGAGUGAUGCGGAAAGCUUUACGCUCAAGGACCGUCAGCAAGCUAUCAACCAAACCCAUCCAUUUGGUAUUAGGUUGUGGAAGCCUGCGCUGUACAAGAAGAGUCGCUCGGUGGAGAAGUCUGCUGAGGGGGACAUUCAUUCAUCGCCCGGUGGAUAUGUCAGCCCUCUUUUGUUCCUAACCAACCUGCUUUGGUCCUUGUUCUUUGGCUGGUGGCUCGCCCUCAUUGCCCUGGUAGCUGCUGUUGCAUGCUUUUUCUUUGCAUACUCGUCAAGCGCUGUAGAAUACGGGAGAGUAUUUGCGGGCCUUUCGAGAUACCUGCUCUAUCCGUUUGGCUCAUUUGUCCUACUUGAGACAGAUGAAAACUAUGCCGAGGAAGAUGAAGGCGAAGGCCGCAGUAUCAGCGAAUAUGAGCAAUGGCAGAAUGGGGACCUGGAGCACGGUCGUCUGUUCUUUGCUCCUCGCAGGGACCGGUCACUUGUUGGUAGAAGAAGGAACAGUGUCGAUUCAUCUGGCGAGCAAGACAGUCUACUUGGCCGGCCUCAGCGUGGACAAAGCGAAGACACCCAACCCCAUUCGAAGCGCCGUCUAUUUGGACGUGGUGAAUGGACAUUGGGUCGGGUGGUGUUCUUCGUGUUUUUCUACUUCUUGGUCGGACCUCUGAUGCUCCUUGCGUCCCUCGUUUGUUGGCUCCUGGUCUUCUGGAUCCCCAUGGGCCGUGUGACAAUCACUCUGGUGAGCCAUCUACGCAGGCAUCCCUUGGCAUUGUCCUUCCAUUCCGAUUCUACAUAUGCCAGAUCAAGCACCACUACAUCCUCGUCCUCCAUUCUUCUCUGCACCUACCGAGCUGCGGGGACGAGGUAUUGGAAGUACACGGUUGAUGGAACAAACAUCUUCUUGAUCAAUCUUCUGGGUGUGGUCGUGUUUGUGAUUGCUGACUAUUUCAUUCUGGCCGGAAUGCUGGGUAUGAAGAACUGGGUCACCCAUCCCGGAUUGAUUUUCACCCUCGCUUUGCUGUCUAUCAUUCCUCUAGCUUAUUUCAUUGGACAGGCUGUUGCUUCAAUCUCCGCUCAAUCUUCAAUGGGCUUGGGUGCUGCCAUCAACGCUUUCUUCUCAACCGUUGUUGAGGUAUACCUCUAUUGUGUUGCCUUGACCGAGGGCAAGGCCGGACUCGUUGAAGGAAGUAUCAUCGGCAGUAUCUUCGUGGGUAUUCUGUUCCUCCCUGGUCUAUCCAUGUGCUUUGGCGCUCUGGCACGCAAGACCCAACGGUUCAAUGUGAGAUCAGCCGGUGUGACCUCUACAAUGCUUCUGUUUGCAGUUAUUGCUGCCUUCGGUCCUACCCUCUUUUAUCAAGUUUAUGGCAGUCAUGAACUGAAUUGUCACUCUUGUGCUGACUCGCUCGAUUCGGAAAGUCGAGACUGUCGUCGUUGCUACUUCUCCCAAACGGCGGCUGUUAAUGACCAAUUCUUCCUCAAAGCAGUGCAACCAUAUGCGUGGUUCUGUGCCGUCUUGUUAUUCUUCUCAUAUGGAAUCGGUCUAUGGUUCACUCUGAGAACCCAUGCUGCUCUGAUUUGGGCAUCGGAAGUGGAAGAAAAGAAACAGCAAGCCCAUGCCCAAGCUCAGAAUCUCCAGGAUUCGUACGCUUUCGAUGCAGCUGAGCCUAGGCACCUAUUGUUCUCAAAUGGUCAACCUGAAGCCUCUGGUGCGGCUUCAGUGCACAAGGAGCCGAUCCAGGAUCAUCCGGUUUUUAAGAAAACAUAUGCUGCCAACUUGAAGCGGUUUGGCUUGGAUAACAUUCGCUCCUCUGAACAAGCGCAAGGCGAUAACACCGCAGACUCUGCACACAAUACCCCGCAUGUGGUACCACCGCGUUCUGUCGUCGGCGACGAUGAGGACUCUUUGCCUGAUGCACUUCGCCACAUGAGCGCAGAGGAUCGCGAACGCACAGUGCGCUACUUUGCGGAACUUGCGGCAACAAAUGCUGCCCAGGCUUCCCGGGACUCGGCCCGCAGCCGCCGGGCUGUUCAACAUCACCAGGGGACCAGUCGGCAAGCCAGUCGCCCAGCUGUGGCACAUCCGCGGGUCCCUGGCGAAGAAUUUGAGGAUCUUGGGAAUGCUCCAGAGCCCUCAUCCGGAGGACAUGACGCACCUAAUUGGAGCAAGGGUAAGAGUGCUAUCGUUCUUCUCGGGGCAACUCUCCUCUACGCAGUCAUUGCCGAGAUCCUUGUCAACACCGUUGAUGUUGUCUUGGAGAGUGUCGACAUUGACGAGAAAUUCCUCGGUAUCACUCUUUUCGCUUUGGUUCCCAACACCACCGAAUUCUUGGUAUGUUCUUCAAACUCAGAAACCCCUUUCUCUUGCCAUUUAUUGACUCUUCUCAAACAGAAUGCUAUCUCUUUUGCCAUGAACGGAAAUAUCGCCCUGUCCAUGGAGAUUGGAUCUGCCUACGCCUUGCAGGUUUGUCUGCUACAGGUCCCCGCUGUCGUUCUCUUCAGUGCGGUAUACGGUCUUGGGCUCGAUGCAGCCGAAGUUGCUAGCCACUCUUUCAACUUAAUCUUCCCUCAGUGGGAUAUGAUCAGCGUGAUUCUAUGUGUCUUCCUGCUAUCCUAUGUGUAUGGAGAAGGCAAGAGCAACUAUUUCAAGGGAUCCAUCCUUGUUCUCACCUAUCUGGUUGUUCUGAUCGGCUUCUACAUGUCGGGCUACGUCAACAUGGACGAUAUGGGUGUUGAUCGGUUUGAUACCCUGGCUGUUGGCGCAAACCGCGAGAAGUUCUUCACACUGGGACGAACCCAGAGUGGAAAAGCCUAUUAG